AUGACUGAGAAGAAAGAAAUUGAAAAUUCAAGAGUAAAGGUCUUUCCUUGUAAACCGGACAUUGACCCGGAAGGCAGUUCAAAGGCUAUAGUGAUCAAGCACAUUCCCUUUGGAUUCUUCGAGAAGGAAUUGUUGGAAUAUUUUUUACAGUUUGGUGCAGUCCGACGAGUUCGAGUUCCAAGGAGCAAAAAGACCGGAAAUCACAAAGGAUGGGCUUUUGUACUUUUCACUGAUUCUGAGGUAGCACAGUUAGCAGCUGAAGCUAUGGAUGGUUAUUUAAUGUUCGAAAAGCGAUUGGAAUGCAAAAUAAUAAAAAACAAAAAUUUCCCGCCAUGUUUAUGUAAAGGACCACGAAUAAUUCCGCCACGAUUGAAAUAUGGUGGUAGAAAGCGUCAUGCGAAUAAAUUAAAUAGGAUACAAAGUGGAUGGUGUGAAGAAGCAGCGGAAAAACGACUGCUGAAGAAGAUAAAGAUCAGAGGAAACAAAUUUACUGAACUCGGUUAUCAAAUGCCACCCAUUGUUGGACUGUCGGAAACGAAGCAAAUUACAGCAGUGAAGAGUGAAACAAGUCCAAUGAAAGCUAAAGAAGUGAAAUCAGGUGACACGGGAAGUCAAGUGCUGGGCAAUCAGAUGAUGAAGAAAGUCAGGUCCAAGAAAGUGAUGAAAGCUCUUGUAUCAAGAAAGACUACAGCUGAUAUGGCAAAAAGUCAACGAAAGCGACGAAAAGUAAAAUAA